GCCCCAAGCACUUAUCAUUAAUCGAUUGUCGCGCACCACCAUUUUUGUUUGGACAAUGGAGAAUAAUCACUGAAAAUUAUUUAAAGAAAUAAUAGUUAUAAAAUCAAAUUGACCGCCGCAAAAAUGUUCAAUGGCAUGGUGAAGACCAUACGUGAUAGCAUUGUGGGCACAUACCCAUCCUGUCAUGUGAAUUCGCGACUGGAAGAGCGUCGUGCUAAGCAGAGAGCGAUGAGACAGGAACGAAGGCGGAAGCCAGACAAACCAGACGAUUUCGUGACCUAUGAGGACUCUGGCAGCGACGAGGAGACGCCACAACAGCAGGACGAGGUCCUCAAUACUUCCUACAAUUUGUGCGACUAUCUGCGAAGCAGAGAGAAUGCAUUGCGCGAUCGUCGCAGCGUCAAUGCCGAGUAUACCAGUCGCUAUGUUCUCACACACGACAUGUUGCGCGAGACGCAAAUUAGUUUAGGUUACAUUAACAAGGUAUUCUGCUCCAAAUGGCUGAGCAACCGUCAGGUGGUGUUCGGCACCAAGUGCAAUAAGCUGCUCGUCUACGAUGUCAACAUGCGCCGAGUUGACGCUAUUCCAACACUUUCCAAUAGUCGUGCCAAUCAUCCAGAGAUCCAAGGAGGCCUGCAUGCAAUAGAGCUGUCGCCCAGUAGAUCAUUUUUAGCCACAGGUGCACGCAACUCUUCCGACAUUGCUGUAUAUCGCUUGCCAACUCUGGAUCCGGUUUGUGUGGGAGAGAACGGGCAUCGGGACUUGAUAAUGGGCAUGUGCUGGUUGGAUGAUCAGUUUCUCGUCUCGGGCUCCAAAGACUCCCGCAUGGCCCUCUGGCGCAUCAACGAAGAUCAUAUGGACUUUCCAGACGGUGGUGAGGAAUCUUGCCCCACGUUUGCCACCAUACAUCCACUGAGUGUUAAGGAAGUGCGCACCGCGCAGCGAAUACGCUCGCUGUGCUUCAAUAAGGAGUUCAAAGAGAUCGCAGCUCUUUCUUUAAAUGGGUACAUACACAUCUUCAAUGCAGAGACCUUCAAGCAAACACUUUCGCGCAAGCUCCCCAACUGCCAGGACAAUGUGAGCAUUGCUUAUCAUAGCGAUGGACUCUACGCAGUCGGCUGUCGCUCCUAUACCAUAUUGCUGGACGCACGAACGCUGCAGACGAUCAAGAAGAUUACAUCCCGAUAUAGCGGCUGUGGCAUACGAGCCACAUCCUUUGAAGGCAAUUUGUUAACGGUGGGCACCGGCCUGGGAAUGUUGCUAUUUUACGAUAUUCGGGCUGGCAAGUAUUUGGAGAGUAGCGUAAACGCUUCGCGAACCGUGGCGCUCAAAUGCAGUAAAGGAAUUGUGUAUCCGGAAGAUGAGAUGGAUGGGUUUCAGCAGGUCAAAUACGUGCCGGCCAUUUAUACGCACUGCUAUGAUAGCACACGGAUGCGACUAUUUGCGGCGGGUGGUCCCCUUCCUGCCACACUAGUGGGAAACUAUGCGGGGGUAUGGCAAUAGCUCCACAGUACUGUCUCUAAACUGAUUAGUACGAGUAUUUAGGCAAUAGUAUAUUUUGUUUUUAGCCUUGUCGCCGUCGCGGCAGCGAUGUGCGAAAUGUGAUUUUUGAUUUCUCUGCUGAUUUUAACUUUUUAAAGUUUAGUUAUAUCAAUUGUAUAAUCAUUGUGUUCGAUUCAUACAAUUUAUAAGUGUAAAAGUAUGCAAAAACGUCGCAUAGGUUUAGCCAAUUACAGCUCGUAUUUAUAAAGUCUAUAGAUUAUACAUACAAUAUUCAUAAUUGAUUUAUAAGUUUAUACAUACACACGAAUCGCAAGCAUUGAUUUUAUAGUCUGAUCUUAAUGGUAAUAGAAUUUGAAAUUAAACUAUCUACAAAUGCAGUUUGCAUAACAAAAUAUACUUACAAUUGUUAUAAUUAUUCAUCCUCAUUUUUGGCAUUCAGCAUUCGCGCUCACGAAAGUAAACAGAAAAAUCACAUUUAAUUUAUAGGUUUUUAAAAUACAUAUGUAUGUAUAUUGCUUAUAGAGAACUGUAUAGGGCGCUCUAUGGCAUAUGUAUAUUUAUAUAUUUAUAAAGGACAGGACUAUAUCUGAAGUUCAACGGAAUCGAUUAGAAUGUACAUAAAUACAAUUUUGGUGACAAUAAUCAUAUACAAGAUUUACACAACGUAG